AAAACAAAGAACUUUUUACGUUAUGCCCUAAAGGACACAAGUCGUUUAGCAGUUUUGUUGAAAGGACGUCUAAAUCCCGGCUAAGAUUGGAUUUGCUUAAUCUUUAACACUUUUUCAGGCGAAAACGGUCUUGUGUUCUACAGAAACAUCGCAUGUAUUGAAUGUAUUGAUAAUGAUGGACAUUUUAAGGGUUAGAAGAAUAUAUAAUGUAGAUAUGUCACAUUGUAAAAAAGAUAUCCAGCAUUAGCGCAAGAAGAUAGAAUAGAAAAAAAGUUCACAAGAAAAUACUAAUGGCGUAUUGGGAUUACUCGAGAAAUCAUGGUGAGCGAACAUGGAAUCAAAAAUGGAAAUGCGGAACACAUCAGUCACCAAUUAAUAUUAUAACUAAGAACACAGUUAGAAAAGACGGCCUAGAUGAUUUGAAAUUUCAUGGCGGAAAGGUCAAGCUUGCUUUGUUAAACAAAGGUUUUAAUAUAUCUAUAUCACCUUUGGUUUCAAAUGAUGACAGUCAUAUUAACAGAGAUAAAUGUCAAUUAUUUGUAAAUGGUGGACCAACGGAAUCUGAGUAUUAUUUAAAAGAGUUCCAUUUUCACUGGGGGGAUAAAUCAUCAAAAGGGUCAGAGCAUGAAAUUGAUGGACAUAAAUUUGACGCCGAGCUUCAUCUAGUCCAUUACAAAAGAAAUCAACAUGCUUCGUUUGUUGACGCUCUUAAUCAUGAAUGUGGCUUAUGCGUAAUUGGCAUCUUUUUAGAAAAAAAGGAUGACGUCACUACUAAUCCGGUUUUGAAAGAUAUUUUAGACAUGACUAAACACAUUCCUUAUAAGGGCGAUACUUACACAGGGACAAAAGAAAUUGAUUUGUAUGAUAUCACAAAAGAAAUUUCCACAGAGUACUUCACUUACGGUGGUUCUCUGACAACUCCACCGCUUUCAGAAUGCGUACGUUGGAUUGUUUUAAAGAAGCCCUUGUAUGUUUCUUCUAGUGAUUUAGACAAUCUUUAUGACAUCAAUGCCGAUACCAUGGGUAAAGAGAAGUUCCACGAUCCAUGCCAACGUGAAGGUGAUUGCGCAUGCGCAGAGAUGCCUAAAAUACGAAACAAUUUUCGUUCUUGUUGCUCGAUUAAUGAUCGGAUUGUCUCACACGUUUCAUGAACAGUUUAUGAAAGUGAAAAUAGGUUUUUAAUGCGCAACUAUAUGCAUGAUAUGUUAAACUAUUAAAUAUCGAGAAAAAUGAGUUUGCUUAGCGGCCUGGCCUGCUCAACGAAAUAAACUUUGUUUUGUUUUAAAAAAAAAUACUUGAUAAGAACGUUUUAAAUUUCGAAUAAACGUUACUUAGCCCUAAGAAGCAUUAUUUUUUAGGUACAACUACAUUUUCGAGGAUAAAAGUCUAGUUGAGUUAGUAUAGUUCCAGGCGAUGGUAACUAGCUAGCUAAUUAGCUAGUACAGAAACUUUCGGUGUGUUUUGUGAUUUUGCGACUGCAUAUAUUAAGGUUAAACAUAUCUAACAACGGUAGAAAUAUAUCCAACUUGAUUGCUUGUAUUUUUUCACAAUAAAGCAAAAACUACCA